CCACUCUGCUCCCCGUGGCCUCUCCCCUCCAUGGCUCUCCUGGCUCUCACCGUGGCCCUGCUGGCCGUGCCCGUGGCCACCAUGGCAAUGGAGGAGGUGGCCCUGGACAUGGCCCCGGCCUCCUUCGAUGACCAGUACCGGGACUGUGGCCUUGCCAUGAGCAGGGCCCUGCCGGCCCUGAAACGCUCUGACUUCCAGAACAAUGCUGAGUUUGCCCGGGUCUGGCCCGAGGCUGAGUCCAAGUGGCAGGGUCGGGAGUCCCGUGUGUCACCUCUGUCCCCAGCCCAGGCCAGCGCCAUCACGGCCUACACCAUGAAUUACCUGUACAAGGAUUUCAACGAGAAAGUGAGCGUGGCCGGGAUCUCCCCCCAGCAAUACCGGCAGAAUUUCCACUACAAAACUCUGCAUUUCCUGCUCACCGACGCCCUGGCCACGCUGAGGGACGCUGGGAAGGGACAGAAAUGUCACUGUGUGGUGCGGGGGGUGAACGACAAAGUGUUCAAGGCAAAGCUCGGGGCCACCGUCAGGUUCGGUCGAUUCACGUCGGCGUCACUUUGUGAAAACGUUGCCCAAGGAUUCGGCACCCACACGGUGUUCCGGGUGAGGACGUGCCAGGGCGCCUCCAUCCGGGAAUUCUCUGAAUAUCCCGACGAGGACGAGGUGCUGAUCCCGCCCUUCGAGACCUUCAACGUCACCAAAGUCAUCCCCAAAGGGGACGAAGUGGAGAUCCACCUCAACUCCACUGGCACCUACAGCAAAUACAACUGCGAGUGGGUGACAGGUGGGGACAGCCUGGGGACA